GGGUACAAGGCAGGACCAGAGUAAAGCUUCCUGCCUCGGGUGGGGCCUUGAAGAGGACAGGCAGCCACACCCUGUGGCUCAGGACUGAAAAAGCAGGUGCUGGGCAGCUGAGCAGGCUAGCAGAGCUCCAGGAGGGAACAGCUCAGAUGACUUCUCAGCAAGCAAUGGGCUCCCUCCUCUGUGGGCCAGGCAUUUUCCUCCUCUUCCUGGCACUAGGCUGCUUGGCUACUCCAGGGACUCAUCUGUGUACCACAGGACCCAUUGAUGAAGCUGCUAUCUGUGCCUCAGUGAAGAGCAUCAGCGAAGAUGAAGUCAGGGCAGCAUCCAGCAGGGACCACCCCACCUGUCAUGUGCAAUUGGCCCAGUAUGCCUGCAUUCCGAGGCCAUGGCUACAGGUCUGGAAGGAAGAUUUUCUGACAUCCCUAUAUCAUUGCCUUGUGGCCAGCGGCCCACCCAGUGCUUUGGCUCCUACAUACUCCACUCUGCUCUUCUCCAAAAUUGACCUCCCCAUCCUUGAGACUUCACUGGAAAGAUUUUCCCAGCAGUUCUCCCAAGCUCUGCUCUCAGACCAAUGGGCAGGGGUGCUGUUUAAUGGCCUAUGGGGAAGGCUGGGACCAAUAUUCCAGGCCAGGGAAGCCCAGGUCACAUGGGCCCAGUGGCUGUCUGGGAUCCAGCCCUUCCUCCUGCAUCCUGAAGCGUUCUACUGCCUGGCUGCCCAGAACACAUCCUGCGAGACUUUCCACAACCUUAUCUCAGUCCUGAAUGAUGUCUAUUCAAGCCUGGAAGCAGAGAAACAGAGGAAGAUUUUUGAAGGCAUAGAGGCCUUCCUCCUGCAAGAGGGCUCUGGGUCCCACUGCCAGGAGGAGACUGUGCCCGGCUUAAACUCAUCAUCCUGGUUGGCCAAUUACCUGGGCUUCUUCCUUGAACGUGCCACAGAGGAGGAACUCAAGAAAUUGGUGGAUGAACCCAAGUUCCAGAUGUUAGCCAGAGAUCCUGCCACCUUACACCUGGUCAGCCAGCUCCACCUGACGCCAGACCUGGCCAGCUUUUAUGCAGCCUUGCUCACUUCCCCACCUCGCCUCAACUUUUCCAGCAUCCCCGACACCCUCAUCUGUCACCUCCGUCCAGAGGCCCUGGGAAAAAUAGAGUUUGAGGAGAGCCUGGCUCUGGUUCAGAGACUCAACAAGGCUUGCUUUGACCCACCUCCACAGCUUGAUGGAAACAAGUCAGUUUCCGAACCACCGUCUUGGGAGGCUCUCCAGGUGGCCUCUAGGCUGCUGAGUGGCUUUGGGGACUUGUCAGAGGCCGUGCUUCGAAGCCUGGGCCCCGCGGCCGUGGGGCUGCCGGUGUCCCAGAUUGAGGAGCACCUCGGUGGCCGGGAUCUGGUGGCCGCUCUGCCUGCCCUGGCCCAGGUGAGGGGCUGGAGCCCCCGGCAGGCUCGUGCCCUCCUCGGCAAGCUCCUGGAAUCCGGCUAUGAGGUCUCGGAUGCACAGAGUCUAGCAGCCUUGGGGAGCCUGGUGAGUGGCCUCAGCAGUGCUGGGCUCCAGAGCCUGGCCCCACGUGUAGUCUUGGAAGCUAUGGGGGAGCCGGGAUUUGCUCAGCAUCUUGCUCACAUCCCAGCCCUGCUGAAAACUGCAUUUGUGGAACAGUUGGCUUUGGCUGUCCCAAAUCCCAUUACUCUGGUACAGGCUGUGCCAGACACCCUUACAGAAGCCAUCCCCAGUGCAAUACUGGCUUUCAGCCUUGAUGACCAACCCAGAUUCGAUGACCUCAACAGCCGAAGAUGGACCGCAGUACAGGCAGCCAUGUUUUUCAACGAAGUGGUAAAGAACGUGUCUGACUUUGACAGCAUCUCCCCUUAUAUCUUACAUGGCUUCACAUGUGCGUCAGCCUCUAGCCUGGACUUGGAGCAAGUCCACCGCCUGGCCAAGGUCAUGGAAAGGAAGAACGUCACACUGGGGGCAGAGCAGCUGAGCUGUCUGGCCAAGAGGGUCUCUGAAGAUGGCAUCCCCGAGGCUGCCCUGGAUGAGUACCCCAAGGACAUGCUGCUGUUUCUAAGCCCUUCUGCCUAUACCAGGACUGGAGGCUGCAAGCACUUCUUCACUCGGGUGGGACAGUCCAACGUGGACAUCCUCCAGAAGGAUUCGCUCCUGAGAUCGAGACUGCUAUCAGAGGCCCUGACUUGUCUGGGCAUUUCGGACACACGAGUCACCAAGGAGGACAUUUGCAUUCUGGGCCAACUGGCUUGUGACCUGGAUGGACGCUAUAUAAAUGACUCUGCAGAGGUCUUAUUGCCUCAGCUGGAGCAGUGUGGUGGUCCCUUUAGCCCUGACCAGAAGGAGGCCACCAACAUGGCCCUACGCUCCGGUGAUUCUCCCUAUGGCCCCCCCUCCAGGUGGUCGGUAUCUACCCUGAAUGCCCUUCAGGGAUUGCUGCCAGUUUUGGACAGGCACAUCAUCCAGAACAUUCCCCAGAGCAUCGUGACCUCCUGGCUGAAACGUGCCCUUCUAGAUCCAUCAUGGCCCCGGGAGAAUCUGAGAGCCUUCAUCCAAAACCUCCAGUCUUCCCGACACAGGCGGGAUGCCAACCAGUGCCCAGAAGGGGAGAUCACAGAGAUCAGUGAAGAAUUGGUGAUUUACACAGAGAAGGAAUUGUGGGAAUGUUUGAACACGUCUCUGCUGGCAGCAAACCUGGACAAACUCAAGACUAUCCCCUUCACCUAUCAGCAGGAAGAGGUCUUUAAGGCCAAAUUGGAUAAGCUCUACCCAGAUGGGUACCCUGAGGUUGUGAUCAAUAACCUGGGCAGUCUCUUUAAACUGGUUACCCCUGAGGACAUCCAGAAGUGGAAUGUGACCUCCGUGGAGACUCUGACCACCUUGCUCCAAGCCACUGAUAAAAAUGACAUGGCUAUGGCAGUGAUUAAUCGCUACAUCCAAGGAGGAGGCCCCCUCAAUGCCAUGGCCCUGAAUGUCAUUGGUUCCAAGUACUUCUGCUCACUGACGGAGGAGCAGCUUAAUUCCAUAGAACCAUCUGAAUUCAGAAUGGUCAACUCCUUGAACCCAUCUGCCUGCUCCCAGGCGCAGAAGAAAAUCCUCUAUCCAAAGGCCAGGACUGCCUUCCAAGGGAUAUUAUUCCCACAAUACUACAGGUUAAUCCAACCAUAUCUGGAUGGAGCCCCACCUCAAGAUAUUAAAGAUCUCAGCCAAAAGAAUGUUAACAUGGACAUAGGAACAUUUAAGAAACUACAAAAAGAAGCUAUUUUGCCCCUGACACCGGAGGAGGUACGUGGACUCCUGGGCCAAAACCUGCCGGGGCUGAAGGCCGAAGAAAAAACCUCUCCAGUCCGGGAAUGGAUCCUUAAGCAGCGUCAGGAUAGCCUGGAUGCGUUGGGAAUUGGGCUUACUGGGGGGAUCCCCAAUGGUUACAUCAUCAUCAGCCGCAGGAACAGACACAGAUAACAAUCUUCCUGCUGGGGCAAGGGGUGGGGGGCUUGCACAGGGCUUCGGCCCUCUCUCUUUCCAAGACAUUGUAAUAAUAAAAGAAAGAACUUUCUACUCUGA